UCCUCUCGCGAGCUCGGCUCCGCCAGACCUUGCGGCCUGAACCUGCAAGCCGGGCUCCUCGGUUUGUCGGCAGUACGGACACUGGCAGAGGAAGAAAUAUUGCUCCUUAAGUUGUUGCCGCCUCACGAAGACGUCCGGCUCGUGCAGAUAGUGCGGUCCGUAACAGUUGAAGACCUCAUCGCCGGCGCGAAUGGACUGUGCGCACCUGAGGACGAUCCAGCCUCGCUUGAAGAAAGAACGCAGGAUCGUGCAAAAUGGGAGAAAAACAGAUCGCUUAACAAGAGGCCUCGAAAGAGACUGGAAAAGCCUUGCACUUAA